GGUUAUCGUCGCGUGUAGACGCUUGUGUGACUUAAAUUAAUCAACGAUAAUUUACAAUAUGAAGUUCAUCACAUCUGCCGCGAUCAUAUUUGGUGCGAUAGCCAUAAUUGAGGCCUCAAUAGUCCCGAGCAAAAAAGAUAUAUAUGUUAUGGACAACCCAACAUCAAAUAACAUAUAUAUAUCCCUACUACCAAUAGACAACCCUAGCAAAAAUACUGAAAAAGAACCCAAAGAGUUGAACAUUUUACGUCAAGAAAUGAAAGAGAUUUUGAAGAGGAUGUGCGGGAAAGAUGUCAAGUCGGGAGAAAUGGAAUCGGACAUGUAUACCUGUGCUAUUAAGACCGUCACUUCGUUCAUUGGGUGUAUGCAUAUGGAUACAGAUGGUUUGAAAGAAACAAUCGAAGCCGACCCUUUCAUGAAAUGUCUCAGCCAAGCCGUGAGCGUGUUUGUGAAAUGCCUAAUAUCAAAACCAUCGGCCGCAGUACUUGAUAAUUACGCUCCUGAUGUAGCUAUGCAUAUGAAAUAAUUGUUUCUUUAUUAAACAUUUGCUAAGUAAUGUUAUUUGAAAUUUAUACGAACUGAAAUAAAUGUCAUAUACAAAGAAAAAGUAACCAACCUGCCGCGAUAGCAGAGGACGCUGGUUCAAUUCCAGCCUGGGGCACUAGAGGCCAUGGUCACUUUUUCUUAAAAACAAAUUAAUAAUA